AUGUCAUACGCACCUUACGAUUCAUACUUGUCUAAUCUUGACUCACUUGUAUUUGAUUCACCAAAUGAAGUGGAUCAAUCUGAAAAAGAAGCUGCUGAAGAACUCGAUUUAUGGAGUAACGCACAAUUUACUUUUGAUGUGAAGCCUGGUGUUGGUAUCUACGAUGAAGAAAAAAAGACUUCCCCUGUGUCUACACCUGCUACUCAAUUCGAAGUUGCUUCUGGCGGCUUAGAUGCUGCUACUUAUGAUGCUCUCGUAAACUACCUUGACUACGAGUUGCCUAGACAACAACAAGUCAAGAUGGAACAACAACAACAACAACAAAAGACUCCUAUUGUCAAGAAGCAAAGAGUGAUUCAACCUCGUCCCUUGGCCCCUGCUUUGCCUACAACCACAUCUAUUGCCCCUCUUCCUGUGCCUAUCGCAGCUCGCCAAGUCUUGAUGCCUAAACCCCCUGUGGUUCCUGCAAACAUCUUUUCUACUCUUUUAGCCUCUCAACAACAGCCUCUUGUUCCCAAAAAGACAACUGCUGGUGUUAAGCGUCCUGCUACUGAAGAGCCUGAACUCAAGACAGAAGAAAACGUCAAUCCUGACGAAGACAAACGUCGUCGUAACACAGCUGCCAGUGCUCGUUUCCGUAUCAAGAAGAAGAUGCGCGAACAAGCCAUGGAAGAAUCUGUCCGUGAAAUGACCAUCAAGUCUGAUAAACUUCAAGACCGCGUAAACCAACUUGAAUCUGAGAUUAAGUUCCUUCGUAGUCUCUUGUUGGACAAGACCAAGCAACAAUAA